ACUUCCUUUCCGCGGCGCUAUAAAAAGUGCUGCACGGUAUCUACAUCUCUUCGCCCCUUGGAGCUGGAAAUGCAACUGUUGGGAGCUUCGGAGGCUGCGGAACUGGAGGCGGAGGCGGCUGGGGAGGUCCGAGCGAUGUGACCAGGCCGCCAUCGCUCGUCUCUUUUUCUCUCCUGCCGCCUCCUGUCUCGAAAGUAACUUUUUUACUAUAAAGAAAGGAGGAAAAAAAGUAGCCGUCCACUCCUCACGCCCUCUCUUCCUCUCAGCCCUCUGAUCUGCGAGGGAGCCCGGGGUGGCCGCUCCGCCGUCGGGGCCGAGCCGCCGAGCCCCGGCCGCCCCGGGCCGCCCCCAUCCGCCGCCCCCAUGCAUCCCUUCUACACCCGGGCCGCCACCAUGAUAGGCGAGAUCGCCGCCGCCGUGUCCUUCAUCUCCAAGUUCCUCCGCACCAAGGGGCUUACGAGCGAGCGACAGCUGCAGACCUUCAGCCAGAGCCUGCAGGAGCUGCUGGCAGAACAUUAUAAACAUCACUGGUUCCCAGAAAAGCCGUGCAAGGGAUCAGGUUACCGUUGUAUUCGCAUCAACCAUAAAAUGGAUCCUCUGAUUGGACAGGCAGCACAACGGAUUGGACUGAGCAGUCAGGAGCUGUUCAGGCUUCUCCCAAGUGAACUCACCCUUUGGGUUGACCCCUAUGAAGUGUCCUACAGAAUUGGAGAGGAUGGCUCCAUCUGUGUGCUGUAUGAAGCCUCACCAGCAGGAGGUAGCACUCAAAACAGCACCAACGUGCAAAUGGUAGACAGCAGAAUCAGCUGUAAGGAGGAACUUCUCUUGGGCAGAACAAGCCCUUCCAAAAACUACAAUAUGAUGACUGUAUCAGGUUAAGAUAUAGUCUAUGGAUGGAUCAUCUUAUAAUGGAUGGAUAAAUUUGAUUUUUGCUUUGGGUGGGCUCCUCUUGGGGAUGGAUUAUGGAUUUUAAACCAUGUCACAGCUGUGAAGAUCUGGCACAAGAUAGAGUGGUAAAUUUUUUUAAGUGACAGUGCCAUAGUUUGGACAGUACCUUUCAAUGAUUUAAUUUAAUAGCCUGUGAGUCCAAGUAAAUGAUCACUAUUUGCUAGGGAGUGAAGUCCUAGGGUGGUUUCAGUUUCUCCCAGACAUUCUACCUAAAAUUUUACAUCAGUCGCUUUAAUGCAGAUCUGUAUUUCAAAGAACCUCUCUCUGCAGUAGAUCUUGCAGAGGAAAUUUGCACUCUUAACACUUGAAAAUUGUUAACUUUGGCAGCUCAAUAGGAAAGCUCAACAUUUUAAACAUGGUAUUACUGGAAAUUUUAUGACAAGACUUUUACCUAGCACUUAAAUAUGUAUAAAUGUACAUAGGACAAACCUAGUAAGCAUGACCUGGGGAAUGGUCAGACCUUGUAUUGUGUUUUUGGCCUUGAAAGUAGCAAGUGACCGGAAUCUGCCAUGGCAACAGGCUUUAAAAAUUAAGACCUUUAAAAAGACACUGUCUCAACUGUGGUGUUUGCACCAGCCAGCUCUCUGUACAUUUGCUAGCUUGUAGUUUUCUAAGACUGAGUAAACUUAUUUUUAGAAAGUGGAGGUCUGGUUUGUAACUUUCCUUGUACUUAAUUGGGUAAAAGUCUUUUCCACAAACCACCAUCUAUUUUGUGAACUUUGUUAGUCAUCUUUUAUUUGGUAAAUUAUGAACUGGUGUAAAUUUGUACAGUUCAUGUAUAUUGAUUGUGGCAAAGUUGUACAGAUUUCUAUAUUUUGGAUGAGAAAUUUUUCUUCUCUCUAUAAUAAAUUGUUUCUUAUCUUGGCAUUUUAAUAAA